UGAGACUUUUAAAAUUACGUACAAAAAAAGUCACAUUAUAUCCUCUAUUAACUAUAAUAUUUCUGAAUUCUUCUGCUUGAUAUGUAGAAUUUCAUUAAAAUGUUAUAACAUUAGUCACCACUCGAAGAAUACGCGGACAUAAUAGAACUAUAAAAGGUACAAAAAAACUUAUUCGUCAAAAUGAUGUACUGCAAUAAAAUAUUUUUCAUCUCUUGUAUUUUAGACCAGAUAUACUAUACGGUUUUCAUGAAGUUAUAUGCUUGCAAAGUUUUUUUCUGGGAUACCAACAGCAGUAAUCAAUUGGAGAUAGCGUUUUUAAUAUUUAAUGGCGCGUUCAACAUACAGGUCGAGUUUCCGAAAGAGGGUGAAUAUUGCUUCACAUUAUAAUAGGAAGAGCGAGAUAACUGGCCACAGUAAUAGUUUUGAACAUGCACAUUAUAGAACCUUCAGGUUACAAAGAUUUUGUGUGGGCCGUUGAAAUACAUCGCUUAGGCUUUGAAAUAAUGGGUUUAUGGCCCAAAAAUGACAAAUUUGAUACAAGUAAUUUAUGGUUAAAACUUCGCGUAGGCAUUUUUUUAAGUUUAAUAGUAUUUGUUAUUAUUAUUCCAAUGAUACUUACGGUUAUACAAGUGUGGGGCAACUUGGUACUGGUAGUAGACAAUUUACGUAUUGCACUUUCUUUGACAAUGUCAUUAAUAAAAUACAUUAUUCUACUGUGGAAAAGAACAGUGCUUCUGUCGAUUAUAAAUGUAAUGGCGGAAGAUUGGAUGGCAUUCAAAUCGAAUACAGAGAGAACCGUGAUGAUAAAACAAGCACAAACUGCUCGAGUAAUCAUGGUCAUUGGAUACUUUAUCAUGAUAAUAGGAAUUCUUGGAGCAGUAGUUCCAGCUUUUUUUGGCAUGCAAAUGAUGUCAACAACAAAUCGUACGGAUCAGCACAAAACGUUACUGUUCGUGACAUACGACUUAUAUGAUACAGAUAAGAGUCCGCAGUAUGAAUUGACGUUCUGUAUUCAUACUAUAUCAUUCGUGAUUGGAGCUCUUGCAUUUAUGUCCGUAGAUUGUUUUUUAUUGCUAUUAGUUCUUCACAUUUGUGGCCAGUUAAAAAACUUUAGACGUCGAUUAGUUAAUAUGACGUCAUGCAAGAACUACAACGAAAUUUUAAAUAAUAUUGUAACAUCUCAUUUACGUAUGAUCAGAUUUGCCGAUAAUAUCGAAAAUACGUACACUUUGAUAAUGUUAAUUGUGGUACUUCACUUCGUUAUAGUAUUUUGCCUAAGCGGGUUCUGUUUAAUAUUAGAAAUGGAUGAAGGCACUACGGCAAAAAUUUGUUUUUCGAUUAUUAUGCUUAUAGUCUUAUUAAUGAAUACUUUUUUGUACUGUGGUGCAGGAGAACUUUUAACGGAACAAUGUAAUGCAGUAUAUCGUGCAAUGUGCAAUCUUGAAUGGUACAAAUUGGAAUCAAGAAAAGCGAGAAAUCUUAUUUUAUUAAUGAUUCGAGCACGCCAUCCUGUUUGCAUUACUGCAGGAAAGAUUAUUCCAUUAACAAUGGCUACUUUUUCCAGCGUAUUAAAAACAUCAUGUGGAUAUAUAACAUUUUUAUUGGCGAAACGUGAUUAAAGAUUAAGACAAUAUAUUAAUAUUUACGUAUCACAAAGAAAUAAAUGUAUAUUCAACUGAAUAAUUACUAAUUACAAAAAUGCUUUGAUAGAAUUUGAUGUUUGUGCUUACGUGUCAAGCAGACGACGAAACUGAGGCUUAAAAAGAUUCUGAAAUCUUUCUUCUUUUACCGAUUAAACAAAUCAAUUUUGUGACAACUUCUCGUACGUAUUACUUUUGCACAUUUGGAAACUUUAUUUCUGAAUUAAAAUAUAUGCAAUAAUGCAUGUUGCUUAAUUAAAACCUAUUUUAUAUUAGAUAAAUAUGGUGUCCAAAGCUGUCAAAUCAUAAUAAUUUUACUAAUGUAAUGUUUGUAUUAAAUGUAUUACAGACUUUCAGUACUGCAUUUUAUUAAAAAGCUUGUGUACGUAUGUACAUAUGUUUGCACAUAUUACACAAUAUUUAUCUUUCUUCUAACUAAUACAUAAUUUUAAAACAAAACAAUGUACGUUUUAAAAAGCCAUUUUUUUUAGUUUAUUCAUGUGAUGAGCCAUAUCAUUCCUAUUCCUCUUGAUCCUUUAUGGAGUGUCGAUACAUAUUUUCGCAAAUAAUAUUCAUUGUAAUAUACUAAAUAUAUGUCAACUUUGAAUUUAAGAUCUAUUAAAUUAUUAAAGAACAAAUUAUGAAUAUAAUCACAAGUUUCACUUAAAAUAUUGAUUUUAAAAAAGUUAUUGUAUCAAAUUUAAAUUAAAGCUAUAAUAUCACAGUCUUCUAUUGUAUAAUAUUACAUUCACUUAUGUGUCAUAACAAUGUCAUAACUUUAAAUGAGACUUUUAAAAUUACUUUAAAAUUACUUACAAAAAAAUCCUCUAUUGACUAUAACAUUUCUGAAUUCUUCUGCUUGAUAUGCAGAAUUUUAUUAAAAUGUUAUAACAUUAUUCACCACUCGAAGAAUACGCGGACAUAAUAGAACUACAGAAGACCAGAUAUGUAUGGUUUCCAUGAAGUUAUAUGCUUGCAAAGUUUUUUCCUGGGAUACCAACAGCAGUAAUCAAUUGGGGAUAGCGUUUUCAAUAUCGAAUGGUGCGUUCAACAUACAGGUC